UCCCAAGACAUCAUCAAGACUGCAGAAGACGAAGAUGAAGCGCAGAACGGUUACCUGUCUCAGUCUGCUCAUGGUCCUGAUGCUGAGAUCUGAUUAUGUGAGAGGCAAACCGAUCUCCAGCCUGCAGAGCCUCUCCAGAUUGCUGGAGAAUAAUUUUGAGCAGCCCUUCGGUUCCGAAGAAGCUGAACAUGAAAGGGGAGAGCCGGACCCUGCUGAUUCAGCGGAUCAACAAAGUUUAGACCUUCAACGGGCCAAGAACAGAGUCGACCCAGGAGAGAAUGCUCGUCUCGGUGACAUGACUCUGGAGCAGUUCCUGGCUGACCCAUUGGGGUUUUCUAAAGGUUACCGGCUGAGGAGCAAAAAGGGUCUUUCCAGAGGAUGUUUCGGGGUGAAACUGGACAGGAUAGGAUCCUUGAGUGGUCUCGGCUGCUAAGCUCCAUGGAUUCAGAAUUAAAAGGACCGGAGGAGCUGGAAGAAAAAAUAAAUGAAAAAUAAAAAAGGAAUUUUUAACUUCCCAUCGAAAUGGUCCUGGAGCUGCUUCCGUGAUCCGUCCCGCGAGACACGAGUCCGUUCUUUCCAGAUGCUCUAUAGAUGUGAUAUUUUGUAACACGUGAUGGCAGCUGUUCAUUUCUAUUUUGUAUGUAAACGUGCAAUAAAAAAACUGCGUGUAACAG